CAUUGCCACUCUCUCAUAUUAAUAUUAUAUUACACUUCGUUUUCCUUGCUUCUCUCGCUCUGUGUGUGUCUCUCUGGGUCUUCCACCGUUCUUUUCUCUCCGAGCUUCACUCUCUUCACCUCCACAAAAGGGAGAGAAAUGGGGUUCUUCUCUUUUCUGGGUCGUGUCCUAUUUGCUUCUCUCUUCAUCCUCUCCGCGUGGCAGAUGUUUAACGAACUUGAUGCCAAUGGUGGACCCAUUGCAAAGGAGUUGAUUCCCAAGCUCACUGUUGUGAAGAAAAAUUUGUCCUCCAAAUUGGGGGUAGGGCUACCAGAUAUUGAUGCUCGGCAAUUCAUUGCCACAAUCAUAUUUUUAAAGGGGGUUGGAGGAAUUCUAUUUGUGUUUGGCAGCACACUUGGAUCUUUUCUGCUGCUUCUGCAUCUGGCGUUUACUACUCCACUUCUGUAUGAUUUCUAUAACUAUAGACCGAGCAAAGUUGAAUAUAAUCUACUGCUGAAUGAUUUCAUGCUGAACAUAGCACUUUUUGGUGCAUUGCUAUUCUUUAUGGGGAUGAAGAACUCAAUUCCCAGGAGACAACACAGGAAGAAGACCCAAAAAUCAAAGACAGUUUAGAAAAUAGAGCAAAAGAUGUGGUGUGUUUGCCAAAAUGCUGAGUUGCCCUAUUUGAUUUUCAGGCUGAUUUUUUAAUAGUUGCUUAGAUCUAUUAAGAUUAUUUUGUUUGUCAUUUGGAUCAUAAUUUGAUUAUGCAUAUGCUUCCAUUUUGUCUUACAAUUAUUCUACUUACGCCCAAAGAAAUUAAGCCUAAGCUAUGGUUAGAUUUGAUGGAGGAGUUCAUGAGGGAAACAGAUUUCCUUGGAGAAA